AUGAAUGGGCCGGCUGCAGAGGGAAAUGCAACCGGCUCGAAGACACAGACGGAAGAUGGAGUUCCUGUGGAAGGUGCAGUAGAAAUAUUGAAACCGGAACGAGUUCAUCCCCAUCACUGGUGUGGACAGCACAAGUUUGAGGCGGACUCUCCCACCAACUUCUACGACUACACCACUGCGAAAAACAAGCAAAAGUCGGCAAUGUGUCGUGUGGCAGAGAUUGCGCGAUUCAACAAACUGCGACACAUCUACGACUUGCAAGAUGAAAGUGGUCCUGCUCACAAGAAGUUGUUUACUGUCAAACUAGUCUUGACACCUGAGGAGUCUUUUGAAGGAAGUGGACCAUCCAUCAAGCGAGCACAGCAGGCGUCAGCAGAGGCAGCUUUGAAAGGCACCAAACUCCCACUUCCGACAGAAAAACCAGUUCGGAAAAAGGGCAACGAGCUGACUAAACCGCAUCGUGUGCUUCAAAAUGUCUGCCGGACUCUCCACUAUCCAACACCCGACUACAUUGUCUGCAACCCACCCGUCUACCCGGAUCCAAAACACCUCGUCCCCGAACACAUCCUCAUACCGCCCACAACGUUAUCGAUGUAUCACCCACAAAGCCCGGUGGCACCAAUUGAUUCAACGAGACCACAAGGUCCAAAACUGCAAGCGGUUAUGGUGCACAUUGACGGGAAACCAGUUGCCACUGGAGUUGGGGAAACGUACCCGUUAGCAAAGCAGGAUGCAGCAGCCAAGGCUCUGAUCGCCCUCAGUCCAAGAUUGAAGGAACAUCAGCGAAAUUCCUCGAAAGAAAACAUCAAUGAGCCGACAGCUGAAAGAGUUCCGCUUUACAAGCAGAAGUCUGUUAUUAGUGACAUCCACGAAAGAGCCCAUCUCCUGAAACUCAAUGUGGUUUUUGAAGUUUUGAAGGAGGAAGGACCACCUCAUGACCGUCAAUACGUAGUGCGGUGUGCAUUCGUGACAAGUGCGCAGGUAGUGAAGGCGGAAGGAAUUGGAAGAGGGAAAAAGAAAAAGAUCGCUCAACAAGAGGCAUGCGCACAGCUGAUAAAAACUGUAGAGCAACUGACUCCUGACAACAGUUCGGUGACUCUCGCCACCAAUGUUUGCAAAACUCAAAAGAAACUUGCUGCAUUGAACCGAGAGCCAAAACGAAAAACGAUUGUCAAGGACAAGAAAAUGGAUCCACUUUAUGGGCAUCAGAUUAACCCAGUGUCCCGUCUGAUCCAAGUCAUUCAAUCCAAGAACCAAGAGCAUCCGACAUUUGAGUUGGUGGCCGAGCACGGGGCGAGUAAGUACAAAGAAUUCGUGAUCCGAGUGAAAUGCGGUGACGAAAUGAGAGAAGGAAGAGGACCAAACAAACGGUUGGCAAAACGAGCGGCUGCAGAGGCUAUGUUGGAGACUAUUGGAUAUGUCAAACCUUUGCCAGCUCCGGGAAAGAGCUUAUUGAAGAAAAAUAUGGAUUUCCAAAGCUCUGAACCAAUUAUCUCUCACUGGACAGGACCACCGACCCCGCCACCACCCAAACCAGUUGAAGUGAUAGUAAAUGUGCCUGAACCAGUGGAAGCGACACCACUUUCACCGGAUUCAGCAGCAACUGAUGAGAAAAGAGAUGGGUCACCGGAGACAGAGAAACGACGUGUCACAUUCAAUUCUCAAGUGCAGGCGUGCCCACCACCAGGAGAUCAAAACUACCCGAAUUCCAUUGUGCAGUCUCUCAAGAUAGACGAGAUUGUGGAAGGAAAGUUCAGGAAGAUGAAACGGUCCAAGGAAAAUCGUCGUGCACUGACCGAGCAACAAAUGCAGGAGCUAUGCGAAAAAGCCCAAUUGUACCUGGAUUCCAAACUUUUGGGCCUCCCAGUUGAAACGGACUGCACUGCACAACAACAGCUUGAACGAUUCUCUGAACAAUUCAAGUUUAGUGUGCACUACACUGCUUUUCCGCAUGUUGGACCAAUGCAAGAGUUUACAAUAGUGUCGCUGGGACUGGAAGCACCUCUCGUCGGUCAUGGAACCGGGUGUACAACCAAAGAAGCAGAUGAAAGAGCUGCAUUAGAUGCAAUAUCGAAACUCAAAGAACUACCAUCUAUUAUCCAAAAGAAUAGACAACAAACCAUUGCCAAUCAACCACCUCCAAUGCCAAUCAUUCAACAAACUCCAAUUUUAAAUUAA